CUUCAUUGUGUUUUGAUUUGACAUUUAGAAAUUGCGUACUGUUUCAUACACAACCAAGUACUAACGCUUAAGUAUACGCUUAGAAUUCGGCUCGUGUAGAAUCCCAAUGGUGUUUCGAUUGUGAAAUUUUGUCUAUUUUCCACUGGAAAACCCAUUUUGGACGCAAAAAAACGAUUUCACAACAAAUCAAAAUUCAGUGAAAUUUCAAUGCAUAUCAAGACAUUUCAAAAUACACGCUCAAACCUUGUAGUCAUAGAUACUUGUGCAAAUCUAAUAAGGAGAAUUGCAAUAAAAACGUGUGUAAACGGCAUUUAUAUAUAAAAAAAUUGGAAAUCUCAAGAAAGACGAAACGUUUUACAUAUACAAUUUGGCUUGAUUUUCACGCGAUUAUUUAUCAUCGAAUCGGACAGAAUUGAUUGUGUGUUCCCCCAUUAUCAAAAGUUGUGUGUUAUCGUUUGUUUAAUUAUUUUUAUUCUAUUUUUCUGUGUAUGAAGUAGCCGAGUUUGACUGAUUGAAAUAGAAAAGACAGAGGACGGAUUUGCUGUUGUAUUGAAUUAUUCGGGAGGCUAUUUGACGACACAUAAAAAGUGUGGUUAGGUUCACUGUUGUGUCAAAACCUCGCAUUUCAUCAAGUGUAUGCAAUAUCUAACCUGGUAUAUUAUUUUGAUUUUGUGCGUAUAACUGGAUGUACGUUCGUAUGAUUUGCCAUCGAUUCGUGUGUGUUUAGUAAGGAUUUAGUGGCAAUAAAUGCAAGCAUUUUGCUCGUAAAAUCGUUUAAAUCCAAAAAAUUUGGACUAAAAAUGGCUGCAACCGUUGAUGAAGAGGCUGUUUUGCAAGGACGCGAUUUGCAAUCCAUAUUUCAGCUAUGGGAACGAAAGCACUCACAACCUGGCUUCGAUCCCGAAAUCAUUUUGACCAGAUUAUCAGAAAUCUUCGAAGAAGAAACCGAAAUUUACAUGAAUAAAGAUCCAGAUCCGUUUGAUGAGCGACAUCCAUCGCGAACCGAUCCUGAAUGUGAGCUGGGUCGCAUGUUAAAAUUGCUCUUUCGCAAAGAUCACUUUAUGACACGCUUAGUCAACGAUUAUUUACGUGAUAAUUAUUUUACGCGCCAAAGUAUCCAGAAAAGUUCACAAUCGCUCAACAUUGCUGCCUGUCGAUUGAUUCUACUGAUUAUGCCGGGUUUAGAAACAUCGGCUGUAUUUCAGGCUGAAAAUGACAAUUUGAUUCAGCGUCUGUACAAUUGGGCGGAGGAGAGUGCUGAACCGUUGAGAAGCUAUGCAACAGGUCUUUUGGGUGCUGCGAUGGAGGUUCAAGAUAUUGCCAUCGGGUUUCGUGAGAAUAAUACACGUUUGGUGCCGAUCGCAUUGAAACGAUUGCAUACACUGCAAGCCGAAGAUCGUAGUGCAAAACAGGCGGAAAUUUUGGCCAAUGGUCAAGCGGAUGGUGCGUGUUCACAUCGAAUGAAUUCACGCAAAAGCUCAACAAAUGUCGUCGUCGUUCACGGUGAAAACAGUGAUGACAGUAAUGCAACGCCAACCAAUUCAAGCGAUUUGAAUCGUCCAUUCGCACGGUUUGGUAGUGGUUCAGCGCCAUGCGGCUCAGUUCCAAGUAGUCCAGAGACACGUAGUCCCAAACACAAUGGUUCAUACACCAAAUUUCGUAACACAAUCAAUGUGGCAUCAUUGUUUGAAAAUAGCCAACAGAGUUGUGACUAUAAAUAUAAUGUACGGUAUUCAAUACCAAUUCAUCCGGCCACAUCGGAAACCUAUCAAAUGUUGACACUGCGAUAUUUGGCAUCGCUUGGUGAAUAUCAAGAAUUCCUUGGCCAGGUAUUUGAACACAAUGCACUUCAGCUAAUUUUCCGCUAUAUCGAAAAUUUAGAUCCGAAAAACACAUGUCUCGCAUUUGAAGCCCUCAAAUACCUGGCAUCGUUGCUGUGCCACAAGAAAUUCUCACUGGAAUUCAUCAAUAACGGUGGCCUUGAGCGAUUACUCAAAGUACCAAAGCCAAGCAUUUCAGCAACAGCUGUAUCUAUUUCACUGUACUAUUUGGCGUAUUGUGAAGAUGCAAUGGAACGAAUAUGCCUAAUGUCACAGUCAGUCAUACCAGAAGUGGUGAGCUAUGGACUGUGGCUGUUGUCCAGCGCACACGAUUCAGGGCGAUGCCAUGCAACCAUGUUCUUUGGCCUAUCGUUCCAGUUCAAAUUGUUUCUCGACGAAUUCGAUCGACAAGAUGGCCUACGAAAAAUUUAUAAUGUCAUAUCCGUUCUUCCAAUUCUCGGCACAGAAGAUCACAAUCUAAACGAUGACGACGAAUGUGCUGCACGCCAAAUGGUUCGUCAUGUCUGUGUUGCCUUGAAAAGGUACAUGGAAAGCCAUUUGUUCUACAAAUACACACAAUUAUCACGAUUGAACGUGCCAACUGGAUCAACGGCCAAUGCAGCGCCAUUGUUUAGAGCACCAAAAUUCACCCUUGAAAUGAUCAUGGAGCAAGCAACAGCGUUGCAAGAGCUAUUGCCGAUUCGAAUGCGAUGGGAACCGGUUGAAAAGAUCUUAGCCUUAAAUGGAAUCCAAUUGAUGUUACGUGUGAUCGCCUAUUCGUACGAAUGGAGCUUUAGCGGAAGUAUCUCUUCUAGAGCUGAAACCGUUAGAUCAGCCUUAGAUGUAUUGGCUAUAUGCUGUGUUAUACCAAAAGUUCCUGUAGUAUUUUGCGAACGAAUGGAGUUACCGGACGAACCAUCAGCGGCUGGUAUAAAUUUUAUAUUGGGCGCAUCGGAGGGUGAAAUUGUUGCCGAUGCUGAGGUGCAAAAAUCCGCAUUGGCUGUACUAGUGCAUUGUGUAUGCGCUCCAAUAAACAUACCACAGUCAGCGGUUCGUUAUGGUACGAGCAAAACAAAGGCACCGAAUAAGAUUCUAUUGGAUAUGAUAUCGAAGGUGUGGGAGUGUGUACGAUCGAACAACGGGAUAAUUGUAUUGUUACAAUUGAUGGAAACAAAAGUGCCAAUUACUGAUGCGGAUUGUAUUCGUGGUUUGGCGUGCCGUGCAAUGGCCGGUCUCGCUCGAUCGGAGACAGUACGUCAAAUCAUUAGUAAAUUGCCCCUAUUCACGAAUGGCCUACUGCAAACCCUUAUGAGAGAUCCGAUUUUGCAAGAAAAACGUACCGAACACGUACAGUUCCAGAAGUACGCAUUGGAACUACUGGAACGUGUAUCGGGCAAAUCGAAGAGCUCCAACCAAAUUGACACAUCAUUGGCAAACAUUCACCGAGCGAAUGUUGUUGCACAAACAAAAAUCCAGUUUAACGAACAGCAACUCUACGAAUUGGUUCAUGAACAUUUAAUGUCACGCGGAUUGACCGAAUCGGCGAAUACGUUGCAGAAAGAGGCAAAUCUACCGAAUAAUUUGAGUUCGACGAAGGUGUCGAGUGCAGCAUUUCAUUCGCCAUUCUCAUUUCGAACACCAACAACACCGGUCGGUCGAUCACGUAUUCGAAAUAAACCCAGCGAUUUCAAUGCAGCCCUUAAUUCAAUCGAUCCACAAACACCGACCGAUCAAUCUAUGACAAAUGGUGACUUAAAUGGUGACACUUCGUCAGGUAUACCGCCAAUAAAGUUGAUUAAAAAAUCCACCGGACCCGUGCCGUCGUUAAGUCAUACACCACAACCAAAUCCACAUCAACAACAGCGAUCGUUGCAGAAGCAAAUUUCAGCGAUCGAACCAAUCACACCAAUUUACACCGCUUAUGUGGCGCGAGCGCAACAACCGAACGGUAUCAACACAAAUUCAUCGAAAAAUGUUACACUCGAGACAAUAAUCACGGAAUAUCUAACGAAUCAACAUGCUCUAUGCAAAAAUCCAAUGUCAACUUGCCCACAAUUCGAUUUAAUUGUGCCACACAAGUGUCCCGAUCCACGGACAAAUAAGGUAUCUGGGCUAAGUAGCAAUUUUGCGGCUCGAUUUUUCCGUCAGCAAGCUGGCUUCAACGGCAGACGACUGGAUCGUCGAUUAAUUCAUUCGAAUUUCUGUGCGGCCCGAACGAUUCGAGCCGAAGAUCCAGAUCUUUUCUUCAUUUGCUGUGACAUCGCACCGUGCGCCACAAGCGUGGCGGUUGGUUCGUAUAGUGGUGAAGUGAAGGUAUACAAUAUCAACGAAAGUGGCGAAGAAUUCGCUUUUAGCUGUCACGAUUCGUUUAUUAGCAACAUAAAAUACAGUCGAGACGGCAAUUUCAUUGCAACAUCGACCACAUGGCGGCCACCGUUGUCAGCGUUAUGGAGCAUCGAAGGCAAACGAUUCCAUUUGAAACAUGCAUUCGAAGAGGAAGACUACAUGGAAUUUGCCAAUCAAACCAAUGACCGAAUCCUUGGUACGAAGAGCGAACGUGCAACCAUCUACGAUUUGAACACCGGACAAGCGGUCAGACAAUUUAAACCUACUAUUUACAAUCAAUACUCGAAAAAUAGAGCCACUUACUACCCCACCGAUGAACUGAUUCUAUCAGAUGGUGUGCUUUGGGAUGUACGAUCGGAAAAGGAAAUUCACAAAUUUGAUAAACUCAACCAAGCCAUCUCUGGAGUGUUUCAUCCCAAUGGACUUGAGGUCGUGUCAAACACAGAAGUAUGGGAUUUGCGAACGUUCCAUUUACUUCGAACAGUGCCAACGUUGGAUCAGUGUCUGGUAACAUUCUCACCGCUCGAUGUGAUUUACGGAAUAUCAUAUUCAGAAGUGGAAAAUCGAUUUGAUCUUGAUCAAGUUACUUUCAACUAUGAGCCCAGCUUCAAGACACUGGACAGCUAUGACUAUUCGAGCAUAGCCACUCACGAUGUAAAGCGUGACAUCUAUGAUUUAAGCAUCAAUAAGUAUGGUAGUCAAAUAGCGAUUGUUGAAAAUCAAGGUGAUUAUGAAUCAGUGCAGGAAUCAGCGGUGCGAAUUUAUUCGGUGGGCCGUCGAAAAAAUAUGGAAGACGAAGCCGAAGAAGAGGAUGAUGAUAUGGCAUUGUCGGACGAUGGUUCAUCGGAUGAUGGUUCAGUCGGUAACGAGAAUCGAAGAAUUCCACUGGGUCCGUUCCUAGAUCGUGAUAGUGACGAUGAUAACGACGAUGAUUCCGACGAUUCGGACGAGAAUCUGGAGGAAUGGCUGAAUAACUCAGGGAGCGAUGAUGAUGAUAUAAACAUAUUCAACAUUGAUGCUGGAGAUGAUGAUCAAGGAAACAACGUUGAAGAUGCAGAUGAAAGUGCACAGUGGACUACGACCGAUGAUGAAGACGGCAACGAUUAAAAUGGGUCCAUAUGCAUCGCAUGUCAAUGGGCCGAGUUUAAAAGAAAAAAAAUCAAAAUCAAAUUUCGUCUAUGUCUCAAUGUUUUGAGCAUCUUUGCACUCUCUUCAAAUUGUUAAGUUAAAAGAAGAACGUUUCAAUUCGUUGUUGUAAGAAAAUCUUGACAAGAUUUUUCUUUUCUACAUUUAUUUGUAUGAAGAUUCAAAUGUUUGAAUUUGUGUAAAUUAAGUGAAUAAUAAAAAUCAUAAAUGUAAAUUAUGGAAAAUAUUUUGCAAUACACAAAAUAUUAAGAUCGAAUCGCAGACAGAAAAAAAAAUUAAAGUCAUUAAAAUAAAAUGGAUAAGAUGAAAUCAAUGAAUCAAAUGAAAAAAAAAAACGAAUAAAUGUGGGCUUUUCACAUAA